AUGAAGAUCGCCCUAACACUCUGUUUCGGAUGCAUUUUCUUUGGAUUUUUUAAAGUGACCGUUUCAGAUUAUCAACACGCCAGCGAAUAUGACUUAGCAACAGCCGAAAGAACGCUCGAAGAAAAUAGUACGGAUGAUAAGUCUGGAGCACAGGCUACAGCAUUGGCGAACUCCCCAGUACGACAGCGUUUGAUACCAACUCAAUUACCUGUCGAUGUGGUGGUAUGCUAUGCUUGCACAGGUUGCCCCGCCGUCACAUCUAGCACCCUCUCAAAAUUAUGCCCGUAUACCCUCGAUCCCACGAAACAAGGACGCUGCGUAACAUACUCUGAACAAUACAGACACAUGAAAACUCCAUGGACCAUACGCGGAUGUGCUUCUGAAAGAGGCUCCUGUGAAGAUAUAAGACGAGCCCACGCAGCACACUCUGAUAUAGUAUCUCUACUAUAUUGCUAUGAGUGUGAGGGAGACAAAUGUAACUCUAGCGCAGCAUCUCACUCUAUAGCCGACUUCACUCUGGCCUUCUUCGUCAUCAUGGCCUCACCUUUGAUUGCGAAAUAUACUAUGUCAUAG